AUGGGUGGAAUUCUGAAAAAUCCGUUGCCAGACCAAAAUGGACAUGUCGAAGACUCCGAGUCAAUUUCGGAGUUUAGAAAGCAAGUCUACAAGAACACUCAAUUGAACGCUCAACUGAGCUCUAAGAAUAACAACGAAAAGACCCAACAGCCUAUUACGCCGAAGAAGCACUCCAUUCCAAAAGACAUUGUGAGUUUAAAGCACGAACAGGAUAUCCUCACACAGUCGGAGGAGCAAGAAAGGUUGAAAUGGAAUCAGCAAAAUCUUGAUGAGAACGAUGUGGCUAAGCUACAGUAUCAAGAUAUCAACAUAGAUGAACCUAAGACGCCGUACCAGGGUGCCGUAGAUCCCUCGGGGGAGUACUAUAGGGACGACGAAGAGGAAGAGGACCUAGAAAGCUUAUCUUUAGGUGAACCGGUUGUGGGGCUGAAAAAUACCAACGAAACGCAAGAAUCUAGAGAAGAUGAACCUUCUCAAGAAGAUGAGGUAGAGCCAGAGUCCCCAGAGGCUCGCCACAAGCGUUUCGAGAAGCUUCGGAAGCAGCACUACAAUGUCAAAGAAGCCCUCAACGCUCAAAAAAGUGGCUCACAUGCCGAUGACGAUGAUGAAGAGUGA